UCGUUACUAUCGACAUUGAUACCAUACACAAAUUUGUUUGGUAUUUUUGUUAUCGAAAAUAGCAUCCAAAUUAAAAUCUAGCAGAAUCCAGCUGUGCUCUGCACAGGCACACCGACACAUACAACUCACUUCAAUUAUCAUUUGUAUUAUUUUAACAAUUUCUAAUGGAUUUCGUACACGAAGCUGUUGCACUUGGAGUGGACAUACUUAUCCUAGGCCUCUGUGUACGCGAAUAUGUAAAUUACAAGACAACCGCGAGAGUGCUGAAGGAAGCACCGCAAUAUAAUAUUGAUGGCGAGCUUAAAAAUAUUGUAUCGCGGCAACGGGAUAAGAAGAUCCCGUAUGCUGUCAUACGAGGCACAGUUGCCCCGAUUGGUGUGCCACUCCGCAGCUCGUUUGUGCCUAGCGUGAGCGGCGUACUCCAAAUCGUAAAGCUUCAUGAGCAUCGCGUUAUGCGUGCCUUUGCCGGCUUCUGGGCAGAACAGAGAAAAAUGCUGCAUGAGAGCAUCAACGAGAUGCCCUUUGAGCUACGCAAUCAAUCGCACGGCGUAGAAAUUAUAGAUGCGAUGAGUGCAGCUGUAUUGGACGUGGAUGUUGUCUACGAUAACUAUGAAUCGACAUCGCUGUCGUUUUUUGAUCACAUAUUUGGCUUCUUUACGGGUGUAAGGCAGAAGGGAUUGCAAACAACUGAACAAGUACUACGUGAUGGCAGCUUUUUGACCGCCAUUGGCGAACUGGAAAUGGAUGGAGAAACUUUGCGCAUGCAGCCAUCUAAACAGGGCCCGCUAUUCCUUACAACGGCCACAAAAUCAACACUCAUCAAACGUUUCGAGGACGCCAAGUCCUCCAUGCUCUUUAAGAUUGUAUUGUGCAGCAGCAUAUCCAUGGUCUUGCUGGGUCUUAUCGUGCGGAAAAUGUAUCGUAAAAAGAAACAAGAACACGAGGAAGCCAAAAUUCGUAAGCGCCUAGAGGUGGAGCGUCGGGAGCGGCGAGCACGCAACAGGCCGCACACCUUGACCCAAGACCAGCUGUGCGUUGUAUGCUCCACCAAUCCCAAAGAAAUCAUUUUGUUGCCCUGCGGACAUGUGUGCCUGUGUGAGGAUUGCGCCCAAAAAAUCGACAUUACUUGCCCCGUUUGCCGCAGCAAAAUCGACUCAAAGGCGGCUGCAUUUAUUGCCUAAUUGAGUGGAUUUCAGUCGUUAGAUCAACUGUACCUGUCUCAUAAGUAUUUGUUACUUGAGCUCUAAUUAGUGUGCAGUUUACAUUAUUGAUAAAAUUCGUUUCAAGUGUUGAACA